AAAUUAUGUCUCAAUUUUACAUUUUAUUAUAUCAAUUAUAUUAAUUUAUAAUUAUAUAAUAGUUUUGUAUUAAACAACGUUAGUUGUUUACAAUAUUUUACAAAAUCGUUGAAGAAUAAUUAAUUAGCUUUACGAGCCAAAUUAAACUGCCGAAUGUCAAAGUCGAAGAGAAUAUUGUAUUAUCCACUCAGUUGAGAAGACUAUGCCAGAACUUGAUCAACAAAAACAGCAGUGUCUGGACUUAAAGGCAAUGGAAACUCUUGAUCGGUCAUCACCGGAAUUAUGGCCAGAACCUAUGCCAGGCAUGUCUGGUUUUGCUCAACAUAUUCGUUCAUCAUCUUCAAAUGAAAAACAACCUUCUUGGAAACAACCACCUGAUGCUCAUGAUAUGAUAUUAGUACAUCGUUACAGCCAAAUGCCUCUGGCUCCACUUUUAGAUGAAUUAAAAUCACUUUAUGAUUUUGCUUAUAACUUAGGUUUAGAAGAGUCAAAAGAAAUGACUCGAGGAAAAUAUUUAAAUAUAUUCACUCGUAAUUUAAAAAAAUCAAAUGAUUAAUUAUUUUUAAACAAAUAAUUCUCAAACUAUUUUUUUAUCAAUAACAAUUAAAAUAAAUGAGGAAAUUACCUUUUUCUUGGUAAUUUUUCAUUUUUUAAGAAAUAAAAAAAUAAUUUGAUAAAAAAUGUUUUAAAUCUAAAUAUAAUAUUAUAAAUAAAUAAAAAUGAUAUUUAUAAUUAAAUUUGAAUUAAUAAGAUUAUCUUAUGAACAUUAUCAUUUAAAUGAAAUUAUUAAUUGAUCUUGCUUAAAUACACAUUGCAUAGUGUUUGGGCAGUUAUUUAUACUUUUUUAAUUUUGGCAAUAUUAAAAUCAUUUUUAAAACUAUAUUUAAAAAAAAUAUAUUUUAAUUUUUAUUGCUACCAAUAGUUUUCAUUUUUAAUGUUUAGAAAUUGCCUUAUAACUAUUUAAUAAAAAACAAUCAUGUACCACUUUUUAUUAAAUUUUAGCUAACAGAUUAUUCUUAGGUACGAGUUUAUGUACACAAUUGAAAUAUUUUACAAGAGAACAAUGUAAUUUAAUACCUUACCACAAUGACAUUACAUUUUAAAAUUCGCAAAAAAAAAUAUUUUGUGUAAUUUAAUAUUAUGAUAUAUCAAACUAUUAUAAAACGAUAUUAUUAUCAAACUUUUGUUCUAAUGUCAAUGUUUUAUCAAAAUAUCAAUAUUAAUAUAAUUGCCCAACACUAUGUAAUAGUAAAAAUAAUUUUUUUUUUAAUAUUUAGAAGGUAAAAGUUAUAAUUUAAGUGUAUUUCAGAUGUGUAUUGUGUGUGAAUAAAUAUAAAUUAAUUAUUA